AUGAAGGAGUUGGCUUGAAAAUAAUCUGAAGAUUUUUAGACAUGCGCAGAUGUAGGAUGCCAUAUUGGAAGGAGGAUUUGGCCCGAGCAGCUGAAAGAGACACGGCUCGCGCUGCCUUCAACCGAACGAAAGGAGCUCGCGAAUAAAGACGUGGAAAAAACUUGAUUCCGGCUGGGAGACGGUGUGGCAUGCUCUGAGGAUAGGGUCAGGACACAAGGUUACCACGACAACCUUCGCUGCAGGAUGCAGUCGUCAGCUGGCGCACAGGAGCGGUUGAUGAUGCCGUCGGGUGGGCGUAGCGGGAGUCCGUCCAAUGGCAAGCUGGAGCAGCAGAUCUCAGAUGCAGAGACCGGAGAGGAGGAAAUGGACUUUAACUGGGACGAAUACCUGGAGGAGAAUGGAGCUACUGCUGCCCCCUACACAUCAUUCAAACACGUUGAGAUUAGCCUACAGAGUAGCUUCCAGCCUGGCAUGAAGCUGGAGGUGGCCAAUAAGAGCAGCCCAGACACAUACUGGGUGGCGACCAUCAUCACCACCUGUGGCCAGCUGCUGUUGCUACGCUACUGUGGCUAUGGAGACGACCGCAAGGCGGACUUCUGGUGUGACGUCAUGACGGCAGACCUUCACCCAGUAGGCUGGUGCACCCAGAACAACCGAGUCCUCAUACCGCCUGAGGAUGACGUUUACUUAAGAAAAGCCAUUAAGGAGAAGUAUGGUGACUGGACCGACUUUCUUGUGCAGGAUCUGACUGGCUCAAGGACAGCACCAGCCAGCCUCCUGGAAGGGCCCUUACGGGGGAAGAACACGGUUGAUCUGGUAGAGGAGGGGUGUGUGUUGGAGCUCCAGAGUGUGUGUGAGCCGCGCUGUUACUGGCCCGCUCGGGUCCUACAGAACGUGGGUGGACGCCUCCGCGUUCGCUACGCUGGCCUGGACGACCAAUCACACGACGCCUGGAUCUUCUACCUGGACACCAGGCUCCGCCCCAUAGGCUGGGCUUUAGAGAACAACCUAUCCCUGCAGCCACCCAAAGAACUCAGUGACAUAAAGACAGCUGGCCAAUGGCAGGAGGCCUUGGACAGUUCAAAGGCGGAGUCACAAAACAGACCACUCCCGCUGGAGGUCUUCAAGGACCAUGCGGACCUGCAUAAACACUCCUUUAAGGCUGGAAUGAAGCUUGAGAUGGUAUCACCACAGGAGCCUAUUCAUAUUUGUCCGGUGUCUGUAACAAAAGUGUACAGUGAGCAUUACUUCCAGGUCACUGUGGAUGACCUCACCGCUGAAGCCCCGCCCAACUCCGUUGUGUGCCGUGCUGAUUCGCUGGGCAUCCUGCCUGUCCAGUGGUGCCUGAAGAAUGGGGUGGGGCUGGAGCGUCCCAGAGGUUUCCAGAGUCAGGACUUUGACUGGGCCGACUAUCUUAAACACAGUGGCACCGAGGCUGCCCCCGACGCCUGCUUCCCUGAUACCUCACAGAGUCGGGACCUCUGUAAGGAGAUGUGGUUGGAGGCGGUGAAUCCAUGGCGACCAGAGGAGAUCUGUGUCGCCCGCAUUACUCAGGUCAAAGGUCGAAUCCUGUGGCUAAGACUGGAAGGCUUGGCCAAAUCCGUCCCAGAGUGCAUUGUGGAUGCGGAGUCCAUGGCCAUCUUCCCUGUGGGCUGGUGUGAGGCCAACGGCUACCCACUAACACCCCCGAUAAAACCUGUCUGUCAGACGCAGCGGAAGGUGGCGGUGGUGCAGCCAGAGAAACAAGUGACACCACCACCAUCUGUGGAUAAUGUUCCUAUCAAUCUUUGUCAACCCGUUGCUAUGGAUACAGGCUCUGUGAAUGGGAGGUACAGCUGUCCCCAGAUCUUCGUGAACCACCGCUGUUUCUCGGGACCCUACCUCAACAAGGGACGAAUCGCUGAACUACCACAGGCCGUAGGGCCAGGGAAAUGCACAUUGGUUCUUAAAGAGGUUUUGAGUAUGCUGAUAAAUGCUGCCUAUAAGCCAGGCAGAGUCCUGAGAGAACUACAGAUGGUUGAAGAUCCGCAGUGGAACUUUCAGGAGGAGACGCUGAAAGCCAAGUACAAAGGGAAGAGCUACCGCUCGACCAUCAGAAUAGUGCGCGUGGUGGAGCAGGUGGCCGACUUCUGCCGUAAAGUGUGUGUGAAGCUGCAGUGUUGCCCCAACCUGUUCAGCCUCACGCAGGUCACUGAUAAGUGCCCUGAGAACUGCUCUGUGCAGACCAAGACCAAAUACACGUAUUAUUAUGGGAAAAAGAAGCGGGUUGGCCGGCCGUGUUUGGGAGAGAACUCUCCGGAAAGUGAGAUGACGAAGCCGGCACGGAGAAGGAAGAAGCGCAAGUCCAUCUUCGUCCAGAAGAAACGCCGAUCCUCCACUGUGGACUACACACCCGCAGGCUCACCGCAGGACAGCGAUGAGGAUGAGGAUGAUGAGGGUCCAUCCCUCAGUGAUGAAUACACCAGCUCUGAGCCCCGGGAGGAGAGGCGAGAAGCUCCGUCCAGGGGGAGGCCGCGGCGAGCUGUGACCCAGCAUCGAGGCACCUUCCCAGGGCAGACGCCAUCCGAGGACAGGCCCUCCCGCCGGAGGUCCACGCGGACGCUGUCUUACAACGAGACUGCUGAAUACCCCCCAGCCAAGCGACCACAUACAGAGGUGGGUAUGUGUGAGGAGGAAGAGAGUUUGGUCCUGGAGACCAACCCGCUGGAGUGGAGUGUGUCAGACGUGGUUGACUUCAUCAAGUCCACAGACUGCGCAGCCCUCUCCAAAAUCUUUCAGGAGCAGGAUAUUGAUGGCCAGGCUCUGUUGCUGUUGACUUUACCCACUGUGCAAGAGUGCAUGGACCUCAAGCUGGGUCCUGCUAUCAAACUGUGCCACCAAAUAGAACGGGUCAAAGUGGCCUUCUAUGCGCAGUACGCAAAGUGAUGCAGACAGACACACACACACACACACAAAUAAGUGACAAAAUGGAUGUUAUGGCAGCAUGUAUACCAUCAGAAUAUUUUUAACACUGGAAUAUUGUCAAACAUUGCUUACAAAAAACCUCUUCAUGAUUGCUGACACUCUGAUUGGUCCAAUCUGUGUUUGGGGGCGUAUAUCAUCAUAUCAUAUCAUAUCAUAACUCAGGAAGUCCUGAUACUUACCUGUAUGUGUAUGUGUCUUCGAAAAUGUUUGUUUGUGAAUGUCUCUGUGUGUGUGUGUGAGAGAGAGAGAGAGAGAGAGAGAGAGAGGGUGUAUGU